AUGUGCGCUUUGCGACAUAUCUGCAUUUUUUGCGCGUUAUCGGCUAUUUUUUCUUUAUUUAUGAAACCGUACGAAGUUGAAGGAGUAGAUAUUCAUUAUGUUCUAUUCUUGCCAUACUACCGUUACGUCAUGGACAAGGGCGCGCGUGCUCGUCUGCUUGAUGACGCCGAACGACCCAGUUUGAGACAGUACUGGGAAUGUUUGAGUUAUUGCUGGGUCCAACUUUUCAACAACUUCUUUGUCUACUUUAUUACACUUAUGAUAUUUCCUGCCAUGAUGACAGAUACACCUUUCUACAGACAACCAGGCGAUCCGUGGGGAUCUAUCCUUCCAGAAAAUCUCUACUUUGCCAUAAACACAUUUCUUAACUUCAACGUUUUUGCAUCACUUGGCUCUUUGUCCGCAAAUUUCGUACAUUAUCCAAAGCCGAAGUUUUUGUGGAUACCAGUAAUAGCCCGGGUACUAUUCGUACCAUUUUUUAUGUUCUGCAACUACCAACCUGUAGGCAAACAUAGAACGAUAGGGGUUUUGUUCAAAAGCGAAUGGUGGUUCACGAUUGGUGGUGCUCUUAUGGCAUAUACUUGUGGAUAUUUUAGCAGUUUAGCCCUAAUCUAUACUCCGAGUGUUGUUCCUCCUAGCUAUCAAAAGAUCAGUGGCAUGGCGGCAGCAAUUGCUCUGAUGUUAGGUAUCCUAUGUGGUGUUUCCUUCACACCCGUCAUCGCAGCGAUAGUUGCAGCAUUAUAACAAUGGUGGUUAUCUAGAAUUCAUGCGAUCUCAUUGAAAGCUCUGUACAACUGCAUUCGUUACAUAGAAC